GCGGGCCUUCACGGUCCGCGGGGCUUUGUCUGCGGCCGCCAUCUUGAUUCUCGGUCCCAUCUCAAAGCUCCGAGGUCGUGAGUCCGGGGCCUGUCGGCUGCAGGCGCUAUGAGGAACUUGCAGCAGGACAGCAUGAAGGGCUCUGUGAAUCUACUCCCCAGCCAGUCUGCCGAAACCGGAAGACAAAGCAGAAGCUACAAAAAGAGGCUGGUCACUUCCAGUCACUGGAAAUGGCCCCAGCGGCAUAGAACCCGAAAACACAGGGCACCAGUAAAGGAGUUGGUGUCGUUUGAGGAUGUGUCUGUGGACUUCAGCUGGGAGGAGUGGCAGGACCUGGAUGAUGCUCAGAGGACGCUGUACAGGGACGUGAUGCUGGAGACCUACAGCAGCCUGGUGUCCCUGGGUCAUUGCAUUACCAAACCUGAGGUGAUCUUCAAGUUGGAGCAGGGAACUGGGCCAUGGAGAGCAGAAAACGUCCCAAACCAGAGCCUGCCAGAUGUCCAGAAAGUAAAUGAACAGAAAGAAACCAGCCAGGACAAUGAGGAGAGACAUUCUUGGCACCUUGUAGUCACCAACAGGAACACAUCAACUGAGGAGAAAUUUGAAUUGGGAAAAAUAUUUAAUAUGAGCUCUAAACAUGUUUCAAGCCUGACUGUAAAGAAUGGAAAUUCCUCAGGAAUGUGGCCUCUAGCACAUAAUGUAUGGCAGAAUGUGCUUCUCCCUAAUGGACCUGAUGACAUGCAGGCUGGAGAGGAACUUGGUUGUUCUAUAACUAACAAGUCCCCCACACAUCUGGAGCUUCUUAGUUUGCAUCACAAAGUUCCAAGUACUCAGCAGCAUUUUCAAGGUUGUGGGCAAGGAGAAGCCUGUAGCACAAGGGCAUUAUGGACACAUAAGAGGGUUCACAUGACACAUACUUCCAAUAAAUUCAGUGAGUAUGGGAAAGUCCCUGAUAUGGUAGCUCUUAAUGCCCAAGAGAUGACUCAGGUAAGGGAAGAGAUUUUUGAAUGUAGUAUGUGUAGGAAGAUGUUCCGUACAAAGUCUGAGCUCACUAAACAUAUGAAAAUACACAAAGGACAGAAAUAUUACGAAUGUAGUGAUUGUGAGAGACCUUUCAUUAAGAAAUCAUACCAUACAAAACAACAGAGAAUACAUACAGGAGGAAGGUCAUAUAGAUGUAAUCAAUGUGAGAAAUUUUUGUAUCAGAACACACAGCACAGUGUGCCUCUGAGACUCUGUAGAGGAGCAAAACCCUAUGAAAUUUACCAAUCUGAAAGAAACUUUAACCAGAAGCAAAACCUCAGCAGGUAUCAGAGAACCCACACAGGUUAUAAACCCUAUGGAUGUAAUAUGUGUGGAAAAUCAUUUUACCGGAAGUCACACCUUAUCAGGCACCAGAGAAUUCAUACAGGUGAGAAACCCUAUGGAUGUAAAGAAUGUAGGAAAACGUUUUACCAUAAGUCAUCCCUUACUAUACAUCAGAGAACUCACACAGGUGAGAAGCCCUAUGAAUGUAAAAAAUGUAAGAAAACUUUCUACUGUAACUCAGACCUAAAUGUACAUCAGAGAACUCACACGGGUGAGAAACCGUAUACAUGUGAAGAAUGUAGAAAGACUUUCUACUCCAAGUCACACCUCAUCAUUCAUCAGAAAAUUCACACGGGUGACAAACCAUAUGAAUGUGAAGAGUGUCAGAAAACAUUCAAUCGUAAGUCAAACCUCUCUGUGCAUCUGAAAACACACAGAGGUGAGAAACCUUAUGAAUGUAAUGUAUGUGGAAAAACCUUUCACCGCAAGUCACACCUCAGCAUGCAUCAGGGUACUCACACUGGUGAGAAACCCUAUGAAUGUAAAGAAUGUGGGAAAGCCUUCUACCAGAAGUCCAGUCUCAGCAGGCAUCAGAGAAAUCACACAGGUGACAGACCGUACGCUUGUGAAGACUGCAGGAAAACGUUCCUUCACAAGUCGUCUCUCACAAUCCAUCAAAGAAGCCACACAGGUUAUAAACCAUACUCAUGUGAAGAAUGUAGGAAAGCUUUCUACAGUAAGUCACACCUCACUGUACAUCGGAGAACUCACACGGGUGAGAAGCCCUAUGAGUGCCAGAAAUGUAAAAAGGCCUUUCACCAGAAGUCAUACCUCAACAGACAUCAGGUAACUCAUGAAACUGAGAAACGGUUUGAAUGCCAAGAAUGUAGGAAAACUUUCUACCAUAAGUCAUCCCUCAUUGUACAUCAGAAAACGCACAUGAGGGAACCCCUAUAAUAAAUGUUGGAAGCUGUUUUAGCAGAAUUCAGCAUCACCAGGCACCAGACAGUUCAUACACAGGAGACAGUCCAAAAAUAUAAUGAAUGUGAGCAAUGUUUUGUGAGAAGGCAUACCUUAUCAGGCAUUAAGAAACUCCUACAGAAAAACUGUAUAGCACAGGUUGCCUGCCUUUGGGACACUGCUUCCAUUAUGUGGUCUAUGUGUCAGACCAUGUAACAGCUCUACAGUAGUAUGUACAUUUAUGAGAUAAUCAUUACUUGGCUCAUACAAACAUUUUUAAGUUUUUCCCCAUGAAUUCUCAUGGACUCUAGACCUGAAGAAAACAUGACCUGUAAGGUAGGCUUGGCAGCGAUUGGUAGAUGGCUAUUGACUUAAUACAAAUGUAACUUAUAGAGCAGAGAGUCCCAUCAUUAUCCCCAAAUAUUCCUUUUUAGUUUAUGUAAGGAAUGCUUUCUUGACUCAUUGUGCAUGAUGUUUUGAUUACAAUGCAAACCCUCCAUAGCUUAUCACUUCUUAAACUUUAUAAGGGAACUUAUCCUUUAACAUUCCAAAAUUUUCACACAAAGGAAACCUGUGCAAAAAAAUUGAGAAUGUCUUGUCAGACAGGGACAUUUCAUUGAACACUAAAUAAACUAGAUGUUGAUAAAUUGAUGUGUGAAAGCUUUCAGCAAAAUUUUGGUUUGUUUCAGAAGUUUGUAAUGAAGGAAAACUAUGUUUCUGUUGUUUGAAUAUUAAUUUUCACAUGGAAAUACCAAGACUGUGUGCAAUAUUGCCUGCCAGAGUGCAUUGGUGUCUGGGAACAUCUGUGGUGGUUAAAAUUGGAGUUUGGGAGCUGGUAUUAGCAAGGGGCCAGGCAUGGUUUUUUUUUUUUUGUUU